AGAGUUAAAACUAAACACUGUAGACUAGACAGUAAGCGUGGAAGGCUCAAAGCUUGGCUGUUGUGUAAUGUCGAAGGUGCUGCUACAGCCGAGGACAGCGGAGAAAAAAAGAACAUUGGAGGAUGCUGAAAAAAAUGAGAAGGAAGAAGUGUUAGAAGGCACGGGGUGUACGAACCCACCAUUACCUCGUGGGUGUCGCCCCCUCGCACAUCAAGUAGCUGGGCAUCGAUAUGGUCAAGGAAGACUAGGAAUUGGCAUGCUGCAACACAUGGACGGCUCAAUACUUAAACCUGUCCAACCGCCCCCUCGUGGAAAGCGAGAAGUUGGGUUUUAUCAGAAGAUCUUUGAUGCAGAAUGUGACGAUCCAGUCCUUCUUACUCUCCAACCUUUCCUUCCUAAGUUAUUGGGAGUUUGGACGCCUCCUUCAUCUUCAUUGGGCGAAGUGAACAGCGCUGCACCAACUUAUUCCUACAUGAAGUUGGAAGAUGCUUGUCGGAGGUUUCGGAAUCCUUCUAUCCUUGACAUCAAGAUUGGUCGCGUCUCUUAUGAUCCGGAGGCGAACCAAGAGAAACGGGCGAUCGAGAGCGCAAAGUAUCCUCCACUAUAUGAUCUUGGAUUCCAACUCCUUGGGAUGAGGGUCUCAGGUCCAUCGCCAAACGAGGCAAUAUUUUAUGACAAGAAAUAUGGGAGAUCACUCUCAAAGGACAGGAUAACAGAAGGCCUUGAUCUCUUUUUGUCUGGGAAUGUUCCUUGGAAGAAAUAUAUUGUAAAAGCAUUCAUUCAACGUCUUGAGAUGAUUUUAAGCUGGUUUGAAUCUCAGAAAAGGUAUCAAUUCUACUCCUCAUCCUUGCUUCUAAUAUACGAGGGAGAGUUCUUUGAUGGAUCCUCUGACUCAGACGAGGAAUUCAUCCAUAAAUAUCGGCAGAUGAAACUUUCUCCUCCGUCCAGUUAUCUCGCCACUGUUCGAAGAUUCCUUAAUCGGAACAAAGAAGAAGAAAGAUCUAAACCAGGAAUUGAUGGUGCUAACAUUGUCCUAAGCACAAGUUCUGUGCUUGAUAAGAAGGAAAUGGAUCAAGUUUCAGUGCCAGAUGUUUCAACUGCCACACCAACUCCUACAGAACAUGAGCCUCCCUCUGGAAACAACGACACAGGGUCACGUGAGUCACGUGGUGUCGCGCUCAGUUCUUCGACGACGGGUCGAGAAUCCGGGUACUCGAGCGAAGUUGAAUCAAAAAACCGUCGACAGAGCGCCGCGAUACGGAACGAGUUCGUCGCCUCACUGAGCCGAAGAGUAGAGGAAUCAACGCGGGACCUCAAGUACCGGUUCCCACCAGAGAUUGUUGACGUCAGAAUGAUCGACUUUGCUCACGUGUUCGAGGAACCCCGAUCCGACGUCGACUACAUCUAUGGUCUUCGGAAUCUUAUCGCUUAUUUUCGCAAGGUUCUUAAGCAACUGUGACGUUACAGCCGUUUUUAUCACGUCAAAAGUGUUUUUAUGCCGUCACAUUCAUCAAGUUCGUCGACAUUACACUACGCCUUUGCGUACACUUUUUAGAGGAAGCAUGAAUUUUUACAAACUUUAAAAACGGAUUUUAAUUUUACCGCCAGAUGUCGCUCAUCAGCCAAGUGCAUUCCACUGCUGGCGACCAAAAACUUCCAAUUUCAUUUCUUUCAUUUUUAUCUUUUUACCCGAUUUUAGUUUCUAUGCCUAACCUGCUGGAUACCAUGCAAGAAACUGUCGAGAGCACAUUUUUAAAGCACUGACCCCACACAUCCCACUAACGCGUUUCGAGCCCGAUUUCUCCAUGCUAUGCAACCCCUCGCAGUAAUGUAAUUUCUAUGUCCCAAGUUAUGGAUCUCCGCAAACUAGUUUCCCAGGUGGUGGCCUCGUGCCUCACAGUGCCUUCGUCGAACGUAUCGAUUCAUGACGUCACACGAGCCGCGAUACGACAACCGCCCGAUUAGCGACGACGCUUAACUCACGGUCACGUUCUAUGAGCGUUUUUUCACACUAAAAGUCCGACCGAUAUUUUCGGUCAACGCCGGAUCGGAAGGUUUGAUCCACGGCGCGUUUUUUUUUCACAACCUCGGGCGUCGCGUUGGUGCGACUGAGAUCGCGCAUAACCUGCACUACAAGCUUGAGUGCCUGGAACUAUAUUUACGAAAUUGCUUGCAAACCCCCCAUGUCUUCAGACGGUAUAUAAGCCGUAACUUUGACAUUCCUAUACACUUGUAUUGGCUCAAACGGCUAAUACAUUUUGCCUAACAAAUAGCCUAACCAUGCUACGUGACUUAAGCACUACUCUCUCCUACCAAAAGAACUAUUAGCAUUUUCGCCAAGUCCGCGCCGAACCCCCAUCUCGCAUAUAGACACAUGCUAACAUUUAAUAUUGCACGAAUUACGGUCAUAGCCUUUGUAUUCAAUAAACUGUACGCAGUUACGAAAUGCUCCACUCUCAACCCACACCCUUACAUUUUCAUUAAAACAUAAAACGUCGAUUUACUUUUACACACACGAAGAUAGCUGUAAACCUUUCAAUACUGCAACCUUUACCCGCCACACAGCAGCUGCAGGAGCAAUCAUAUAUCGCUAACCACCACUUCAAAUCAACAAGGUUAUAUCGUCCGUUCUUCUAACGAUAGUUAUUGCACUUAAAACCCUGUCGAUCGCUGAAUAUAAUUGGCCGUUGGCGUGUCAUAUGUUGUUCCGCGCUGCAGAUUCAUUUGCCGAUAUUUUGUGUCGUUUUUAAACCUAAACUUUUUUAUGUUUUAAGUGGCAUAGCUGGUGCCUCCGUCUUAUCUCAGCCCACCUUACACACUCGAUCACAUAAAAUGCGAACCGAGUCAGUGUACAUGAUUUUAACGCGUAUGCGGCAAUUUCCUUAUUAUAUGAGUUUUCGAUUUAAAACAAAACAUGUAGCUUUCCAAUUAUUAAUUACGAACCGUAUUAUGCUAAGUUUAUAAUCGUCGAAUACAGUAUAUCGCAUUCCUA